AAACACGCGCUGCCCUCAUCCGCUCUCCCACAACAGCUCUCGAAGAAGACGCGGAGAUGGUUUCCCUCAAACUCCAAAAGCGGCUAGCUGCUAGUGUCCUCAAGUGUGGCAAAGGCAAAGUUUGGCUUGACCCAAAUGAAGGCAAUGAGAUCUCCAUGGCAAAUUCACGCCAGAACAUAAGGAAGCUUGUCAAGGAUGGCUUCAUUAUCAGGAAGCCAACCAAGAUUCACUCUCGGUCUCGUGCUCGACGAAUGAAUGAAGCAAAGAGGAAGGGACGACACUCUGGCUAUGGUAAGCGCAAGGGUACCAGGGAAGCUAGGCUGCCAACAAAGGUUCUCUGGAUGAGGAGGAUGCGUGUUCUAAGGCGUCUGCUCCGCAAGUAUCGUGAGUCUAAAAAGAUUGACAAGCAUAUGUACCAUGACAUGUACAUGAAGGUGAAGGGUAAUGUGUUCAAGAACAAGAGGGUUCUAAUGGAGAGCAUCCACAAAUCGAAGGCUGAGAAAGCUAGGGAAAAGACCCUGGCUGACCAAUUUGAGGCCAAGAGGGCAAAGAACAAGGCUAGCAGGGAGAGGAAAUUUGCCAGGAGGGAAGAACGUUUGGCCAUGGGACCUGGGGCUGAAAAACCAGUAGCUGCACCACCUGCUGCUUCUCAACCAACAGAGGGAACUAAGAAGUCCAAGAAGUGAUCCUGAGCUCCAACGAUUUGUAACUUUUUGCUUAGUGUCUGAUUUUGUUUGUUGCUUUAGACAAUGUUGUUUUAUAUCUUAGAUCGAAGGAAGUUUAAGCUGUUGGUACUUGAUGCGAUAUGUAACUCCUGUUUUUGUCGAUUAAAAAUCUAUUAUUUUGUUCUUA